GAGCGGGGGCGGGGCCACGGGCGGAAGCGGAAGCGCGUGGCAAACCCAGCGACGAACGACUCCACGCCGCAGCGUCGCUCGCGUUGCGGAGUCGCCACGGGAGAAGACGGCGCGUGGAGUACACGACCCGCCAUGCCGCGGGCCAGCAAGGAUCGUCAGAAGCGGCGUCGGGGGAGCGACUGCAGCGCGGACGCCGCCCUCGUGGAGCGCCUGCAGCGGCGCGGGCACGACGAUGUGCAGCAGCUCAAGCACGUGGAGACCUUCUACGAAAAGCCUCCUCCCAGUCUCAUCAAAGAAAAUGAUGACAAGCCCGAGGACUGCAUCCCGGACCUGCCCGGCAACGAGAGCGCACGCGACUUCCUCGCCAGCGCCCCCUCGAAGGGCCUGUGGAUGCCGCUUGGGAAGGAGGUGAAGGUGAUGCAGUGCUGGCGGUGUAAGCAGUACGGGCACCGCACGGGCGAUCGCGAGUGCCCUUUCUUCAGCUCCGGAAACCAGCGGCUGGAGCAGUUCCGUGUGGCGCACGAGGACCCCAUGUACGACAUCACGCGGGAGAAUAAGCAGCAGGAGAAGCAGCUGAGGCUGGAGCAGCUCAAGAGGCUUUUGGAGGAGUCCACCACGGGGACCAGCAGCUCCGACUCGUCUCGGGAAGACAGGAGAAAGAGGAGGAAGAAGGAAAAGAAGAAGAAAAAGAUGAAGGGAAAAAAAGUUAAAAGAAAGCACAAGCGCCGGAAGUCGAAGCAGAGCAGUUCGGAUUCCUCCGACUGAACGUGGAUUGCGCAUGGCAGGGGGGGGGUGGAGCUGGAGAAGUUUGGAUGCAGCCACCCACACAGCCUCAGGUGCCAGUUUGGCAUUGGCAGGGCCCAGACUCACUGCGUCACCACGGGUGCCUAUUAACUAAAACUACUCUUUUUUUAUUUUACCAGGUAAGGCCCACUGAGCUAUAUAUACUUUGUUUCAGAAGCGACCUGGCUCUCACAAAUGAUAGCUCAACGAAGCGGCUUCUCACAUGGAAAUUUACGGCAGCC